AUGGCAGUUUCUCGUUCCGGCAACCGGAUCGUCGUGAAGGACCGUGCCCACCGCGAAAGCGUCCAGCUCACCUUGGAAUGCGCUUUUCACAAUUUCACUUCGUAUAUGAAAACCUCCUUGUAUAUCUACAGCAGGGGCGCCACUCUAGCCGAGCUUGGAUUUCCUAACAUGGGCGGUCGCUGGCGCAUCGCAAUUCUCCCUUGCCGAAAAAACGCCACCGACAACGAAAAUUAUGUGUGCGUGUAUCUGUAUCUGUGUGAAGUUGAUCUGUUAUCCACGGAGCCUUACAGCGGAACAGGCACACUGAAUGUUUCUGGCCACAUAAGUGCAGCGACGGGCAGUGCUAAGAAUAUUUCCGUUGGCGAAUCACUGGAUAUUCCCGAAAUCGAAUUUUGCUACGAUCGUACUAACUUCGGAUCCGAGACGCUGAUAAACCAUCGCCAGCUGCUGGGCGCAAACGGCGAGGCUGGCCUGAUACAAGAUGACGUCGUCACCAUAAGAAUCGAUGUCUCCAUGUACAGGAGCAAACCAUCCGAACCGGAAGUGGUGCGGGUGCCGGAAGUAGCGCCACCAGCAACCGUGUGCCCCCUCGAGUUCCACCGCCGUCAGAUGCAGCAAAUGCAGCAGAAUAAUUUCACCGAUUUCCGUCUGCGUUCCAACGAUGACCGUGAGUUCGCCGUACAUCGCUUUCUUCUGGCGGCCCAUUCGCCGGUCUUCUUGGCCAUGUUGACGCAUUACUCACAGGAGAAGGUCCAGUCAUACUGUGAUUUAGCGGAUACGGACGGGGAAAGUGUGGAGAUCCUGCUGGAUUAUUUGUACGGAUGCACCAGCGACCGCAUAACCGGCGCUAAUGUGGAAAAGACACUGAUUAUGGCAGAUAAAUACCAAAUUAUGGAUUUGCGCGCAGUCUGCGAAGGAAAGAUGGCGGGCGAUGUUGAUGUUAACAAUGCGAUGCACCGUUUCCACUUGGCCAGUCAACGGGGACUCCAGGUGUUAAAAGCUGCUGCAUUGGAUGUCAUCGCUCAGAAUAUGCGGGUGGUCGGCAAAGACAACGAACUGAAGGCAGUCAUAAAAUCCGAUCCCGAUCUGUUUGAGAUUAUCAUGCAUUACUGCGCCAAAUAA